AUGGAGGACAUUUGCUGGCCGUGUAAUGAGGAAAAGGAAGUCCUAGGGAACUCGCCCCUGCUUGCCCAGGAGGGGAAAGCCAUGCAGUGCCCAGAGGCCGGGAAGCCUAUAAUCAAAUUCAACCACUGUCAGAAGUACAUCUACAGCUUCAGCAUGCCGCGGUGCUGCCCUCUCUGCCGUCAGGACGUGGGCUCCAGGAAGCUGGAGGAAGCACCUGUCAGCAUCUCUAAUCCGUUUACCGAUGGGCAUCAAGAAAAGUGUUCAUUCCUCCUCAGACCAACUCAAGGGACGUUUCUUAGGGAGUAUGACGGAAGGUCUGAUCUUCACGUGGGAAUAACCAACACGAACGGGGUCGUGUAUAAUUACACGGUGCGCGGUGUCCAGCGGGAUGAAGCGGGCUGGGAGCAGAGUGUGAGCAUCCCGCUUGUGCAGCCUGGCAUGUUUGGACUGAUGGACCAGUGGGACAAGUACCUGGAAGACUUCUCCACCACGGGGGCCUGGCUGCCUCACAGGUAUGAAGAGGACCACCACAACUGCUACAGCUACGCCCUCAAGUUCAUUAACUGCGUCCUGGCCACAGAGGGCGAGGAGCAGCUGGACAGGGAUGAGUUCACAGAGAAGUUUGUGAUCCCGAGGACAAGGAAGGCCUCCAAGUACAUCACGCUCUACCGUGCGAUAGAAGAGUGCGGCUUCUACAUCACCGACACCCCUGGUCCCCAGACGAGCCCGCAUCGCGCCUGAGAGCAGCCAGGAUGGGAUGCCCAGCGGGGUUCCUGCCCGGAACAGCUACUAGGUCUCUACAUGCCUUAAACUGUGGUUAAUAAAAAAGAGUUACGGCUUUCCUUUAUGCAUAUUUCAGCUUACUGCAGCAUAAGAAUUUACAAAAUUAAUAAAAUUGCCCUGGGUUUUCAAAAUUGUAGGGAAUACAACUUCCAUAGUAGUUCAGGGUCCACAUUACAGCAUAAAGUGGCAGCAUCUUUCAUUCACAGAGCGAUGAGAACUCUUCCUAUAAAUUAAUUAGUGCUGAACAAAUUCACCUUUCAAUGUGAAUCCAGAAAGCGGGGAUUUGUAGGAA